AUGGAGUCAGAGAGCCAUGCUGGAAUUGCCAAGAAGCCCCCGGAAGAAUCAGCGUUCAGUAUUGUUCAAUUGAACGCCUUCAGCCAGGACCUCCAAUACCUCACUGUGUUAGGCGUGGAUCAAGUUUCCAGUCUAAUAACCGAUGAGCUCAUACAGUCGGACCAACAAUCAUCAGAAGGAAUCGACUGCGUGGGUGGAGUCGCAGUUUCUAUAUUGCACGACGCUAUAAGCAGGCAGAUGCAGGUGCCAAUUCGAAGAAUGAUUCAUCAGGAGCAGAUGGAGUUGUUGCAGACAGAUGUUGAGUAA